AAGACAUGAAGGAGACCAGCCGAUUUCCCAAUGGGUUUCUUCUCCUUUACGCCUCACAGAAAGGGAACGCGAAAGCCAUAGCAGAAGACUUGGCAGAGCAGUGUGAAUCCAAAGGCCUGAUCAACGAACUGAGAUGUUGUAGUGAGAUUGGCAAGACCUUCAGCCUGGAAGAAACUCGGUGUCUUGUGCUGGUCGGAUCCACCACGGGUGACGGCGAACCUCCAGACACCGCUCGCAAGUUCUGGCGCCAGCUGCACAAGAAAGGUCAACCUAGCAACGUUUUAGGUCACCUGUCUUAUACCAUACUAGGACUAGGUGACACCAAUUACACUAACUUUUGUAAUUUUGGCAAAACCAUUGAUCAGAAGCUCCAGGAUCUAGGUGGUAAAAGAUUUUAUCCAUGUGGAUGGGCUGAUGAUGGCACUGGCCUCGAAAUUGUGGUAGAGCCGUGGAUUGAGGGACUUUUUCCUGCACUACAAAAACACUUUGACAAGAUGGCUGAGUUGGUAGAUGCAUGUAAUCAAGUAGCAUUUGUAGAUAACUCUAGCACCAUUGAGCAAGUGAAUACUAACAAGAAAGGUGUCAAUAAGGACCCUAUUUGUGAUGAUCCUUCUCAUUCACAAAAUGUUCUGUCAUUGAAAAACGAAGAGUCUUUAAAGGCUGAACAUACUAAUGAAGAUAAAGAAAUAAAAAGUACCUCACAGAACAGCAGUGAUAAUAUUCUAAAGGGUGACAUAGUAAGUGAAGAUACUUACACAAGAAUAGCCAAAAAAUACAACUUAGAUUUUUUGUCACGUGAUGAAUUGCAGUGCCUUCCAGUGAGAUCUUGUACUUUACCUGUAGAUGCAAAACUAACCUUACCAGUUCUCCCAUCAGACUAUUUGAUGAUAAAGUACUUGGAAAAUAGUGAAAAGGAAUCAGGUUCUGAACAUGUACCAGCCUUACCCAGUGUUGCAUCAGAAUUAAUUAAGACAAGUGUGACUUCUAUUAGAAAAUUAACACAACAUAAUUCAGUGAAAACUGCUCUAGAAGUUAGUCUAACAGUUCCUGAAUCCAUAAAUAGCUUUGAUUAUGAGCCAGGAGACUCAUUUGGGAUCAUUGUGCAGAAUAGGGAGGAAGAGGUAGAACUCUUUCUCUCUUUGUUGGGUAUUAGUGAUGUAGCUGAAAAAACAUAUGAACUCUCAGUUGAUCCAAACACCAAGAAGAAAGGGGCGGCAAUACCAAAAUAUAUACCUGUUAGGAGUUCUCUUCAUUAUGUUUUUCAGUCCUGUGUUGACAUUAGAUCAGUUCCUAAGAAACCUUUGUUGAGAAUAUUAGUCCAGUAUACAUCAGAUCCCACAGAAAAGAGACGGUUGCAAGAACUAGUAAGUAAAGAAUGUGCAAGUGAGUAUGUAAAGUGUGUAAGAGAACAAGGGCUUACAUUGUUAGAUUUAUUGUGUAUUUUCCAAACAUGUAAGCCACCAGUUACAACACUCCUUGAACAUUUGCCACAGCUCCUACCCAGGGCUUAUUCAAUCACUUCUUCCCCACUUGUUGAUUCUAAAAAAAUAUCUUUUGUAUUUAAUGUUGUUGAUAUUCCAAAAGAGAAGGCUACUACCUUUUCCAGGAAAGGCAUUUGCACAGGCUGGCUUGCCUCUUUAUACAAAACUGUUGAAAUGUCUAAACUAGAAGAGUCUCUGGAAGUCUUGUCAAUCAAAGACAAAGGUCCAGUGUAUGUACCUAUAUACCUUCGGACCAAUCAGAACUUCCGCCUCUCAGGAGAUGUUUCAAGCCCAAUUAUAAUGAUUGGUCCAGGCACAGGAGUGGCACCAUUUGUAGGUUUCCUACAACAUAAACAUAAACUCCAGAUAGAUUCUCCAGACAUCUCCUUUGGUGAAUCUUGGCUCUUUUAUGGAUGCCGUCAUAAAGAAAGAGAUUAUCUGUAUCGUGAGGAGCUGGAAAAGUUCAGAGAUAGUAAAAUCUUGAGUAAUUUGAUCGUCUCCUUCUCUCGAGACGAUAGUCCUCCAGGCAGUCCAAGAUAUGUGCAAGACAAUAUUAUCAAAUAUGGUGUGGAAAUGGCAUCAUUGAUUACUGAUAAAGCAGCUAUUGUUUAUGUUUGUGGAGAUGCACGCAACAUGUCAAAGGGUGUAUUUGACACCUUUGUUUCCAUACUUAAGCAACACAGGGGCUUAACAGAAAUUGAGGCAAGAAGAUUCAUGGCACAAAUGCAACUUGAAAAGAGAUAUUUACAGGAUGUUUGGUCAUAGCUUAGUUAAUAUAUCAUGUUUUGGAUGAGUAAAUGUGUAUAUUUGUUAAUGAAUCAAGUGGUUUUAAUAGGUUUACAUAUUAAUAGACUUAUACAUUUAUAUAUGGAAGAUAGAUUUUUAAAGUGUUAUUUAUAUUUAUAUAUAUAUAUAUAUAUUAUAUAUAUAUAUA